UUAAUUAACAAGAAAAAACACCAAAGUUGUUGGAGCCGUGCUCGUAGAUUAAAGAUGUGGAGGCGUUUGUGAAGCUUUAUAUCCAAGACAGGUAUCAAAAACAAAGAAAUUCUGAAUCUUAAAAUUGAAUUGUUAUUAGUUUAGCCGGCUUUCCAGCAUUCUGGGGUAGCAAUCUGUCACUAGUUUGAAGAUCUGAAACGGAAUCAAAAUGGUCAGCUUGAGGGACCUGAGAGGACGAACGCCAUCCAGAGAAGUUUUCAUUUUGAGGAGUUGUCAAGAGGAACUUAAGAGUUAUUCAGCCAUUGUUGUGUGGAAGAAAAGUGUCAUAUGAAAAAAGUUGUAGUAGCAGAAAUUUUUCUGCAGAAUAAAAAAUCUCGUUUGACGUUUUUUCAUCAGUUGCUGCUCUGUGAGAUGAAAAUGUGCUGUUGCUACGGCUGCUGAAGGCUUUCCGUGGUGCAGGCCGUUUUUACAGUUGGUGUUUGCUCAGUGGAAAGUUUGAAGAAAUCAUUUUCAGUUUUUUGUAAUGAGUGAAGGAUGGACAAACCACAAAUAGCUGGCAGGCUCUUAGACGGCAUGAAAGCAUAUUCAAUCCCAAAACUUGGUUUUCAAAAAACAGCUCCGUUUUGACUCUGGGGUGCAAACAGAUCUGGCAGUUCUAAUAAAGUCCAGCAGAAGCAGACUUGAACAUAAUCCAGUGCCAAAACAGGGUCGGCAACAGAGACGCGACGAAACAAGGUAGGAGGAAAAUAUGAAGGCUGGACCCUGCAGAGAAUCUACUUUUAUCUGUCCGAGAAACAGAGAACAAGAAGAACACCUGAGGAGCUCGGUUGUAGGAGAGCCUCGUUUGGGAACCCAGGAUAACCAAGAGGUUUACAGCGGCAGGACAGGAUCGUGACACUUCUGCUUCCUGUUUCAUGACCAAAACUCCUAUGGAGCUUUGGGACUUUUCUACUGUAUGAUGUAAAAAGUCACGUGAUCCUGGACUUAUCGUCACUGAGGUCAAAUCAAAUCCUGAUGAACUGCCUGCACAGAAAACGAGAUCCAGCGUUUCCUGGAUGCUCAAACCAGGAUCUGUUUUGUUUCCAUGUAGAGAAAGGUUGCACUGGAUAGUUUUUGAGGCCACUUGAUUGGGUUGAAUCCCCAGUGCUGCUGCAGAGGUGCACACUCUGAGAUAGCAGAGAGGAGAGGCGGAGCUGAUGUGCUUGUCGCUUAGGUGCUUGGCUGCACUUGCCUCGCUGAUGCUGAAGCAGUUUUAGUAGUUUUUAUUAUUGCAUCUGUGAUGGAUGAACUCCAGAGCCUCAUCUCUUAAGGUCAGCUUUUAUUGCUUUGUUGGGACAAAUAACCUUUCAUCUUCUGGUGUGCCACUAGGAUCCACUUUAGGUUCUCUUAUGAUUGCUUUGUACAUCAACAGGAUGUAUUUUUGCAAAAUCUAAUCUUAUUUGGCAUCUUUUUGCCAUCGACUUCUAGACCUUCAUGCGCAAAUGUUGCACAUCAUGUCUGAUAUAAAACCCACGUUUUCCUAAAAUAUUUUUGUACCUGAAUUAAAAAAAAAGUAGUGAAUUGCAAGGCAAUUUUAGUGAUAUUUUUUCAAAAACCUUUUUAAAUAUUCUCGUUAGAUGUUUAACCAUUUUUUCACAACUAGGAUGCUGUCAGAUAUAUAAAGAUCUUGUUACACUCUAGACUAUUAGAUAAUUUCCAGACAUUAAAAUGAGAGGCAUUCAAAUACCUUUUUCUCAAAAAACAUGGAAAAACUUUUUUUUGGAGCAGAAACUUGCUGCUGAGGAUCAUUCAGGAAGUUAAAACCAUUUUUUGUCUUCACAUCAUGCUGCAUAACCUUCAGAUUGAUGGAGCUGGAGUUGUUUGCUCCUGACAUGAGCUGCAGUUCUAAGGAGAGCCGACUGAAAAGGUGGAUUUGUGUGUUUUUGCGUCUCCUAGCAACUGGCUUCCCUCCAUCCCUGAACUUAGACAUCAGUGUUCAGCAGAAGCAACAGGUCCUCUCAGACAUCCUGGAAAGUUAAGAAUCUUCUUCUUUUCUUUCGGAUUGUUGUUUUUCAUCAUUUUUCUGACCACAAUGUCACAAGUGUGCACAUGUGCACUGACACUUUCACUAUAAUCUCUGUCCUUUCAAAAUAAAAGGACAACCUUUUGAUUGUUUUUCUCUUAUUUUUUGGGUUUUAGCAGAGAUCAGCCUUCAUGACUGGAAAGGUGAGGUCAUUUCUCUGUAAAGAAUGAUCUAAACUCCUCAUGCGAUGAGUUUUUCCACGGAUCCCUGCAGCAAGGAUCUGCUCAAUGUGACCUGGUGGAUCCACAGGAACUGAACUAUGGCUCUUCAUCAGCACAGCUUCUGAGUCAUUGUCUUCGUCAGUCUCCCGCUAAAACUCCCACAGAUCUGACUUUAGCAGGUCCUCAGAUAGAAACCUAGAAAAAGAGAGUAUUCCUCCUCUCUGCUCAGAAUGGACCGAUGAAAGCAGAACCUGCAGGUCCAGGUUCAUCAGAAUCUGUCUGAGGAUUUUUUCCUCCAGAACCUUUGACCUGCCAGAUCAUUCUCUUCCAUCAUUGUUCUUUUUGAUAUAAACACCGUCUCUAUGACAACAACAGGUUUCUAGGGAAAACAUUCAAGAUUUAGAUAUUAAUGUAAAAGUAAAGAAAGCAUAAACAUGUGGAUGGAUUUUAAGCGCAAGUCUCUCUCUGUCCUUCAGCAUCAUCAUCAUCAUAAUCAUCAUCAUCACUUCAGCAGGUCUGCCUCCCUUCUCUCCAGCCCCCCUCCUCCGCAGCUCCCGUUGACGUCUCUGACUCUGUCACCCGCAUCCGCGCUCUCUCCUCCCGGUCCGGUCAUUUCUCCCGUUAAUUGCCUUUCCGUCUCUCCUCUCCCGCGCGCCUUUCUCCAGGUUUUUUUUUCCGCCGGGGAACUCUUUACGCGCCGCGGAGUGCCGUGCGGGAGCCCACCCCGCACCUCUUCGCGCUCUGAACCCCCUCGCUCGCGCCUCUCGUGGGUUUCCCCCGCGCGCCGCGACUCCUCGUUGUUUCCGGGAAAGUUGGAAACCUCCGGGGAAAAAGGCGCACUCAUGAGCGCUCCUCCGCUGAUCCGCGCGCCCAGCCCGCUCCCCUUCUUGGGGGGGACAGGAGGAGGAGGUGGCGGUGGUGGAGGAGGAGGUGGAGAAGGUGUGAUCUCGUUCCACAUCCAGAUCGGCAUGAGCCGGGAGCCGGUGCUGCUGGACGCCGUGGAGCUGAGCCUGAGUCAGGUCCGGGAGGUGGCGUGCUCCAUCGUGGACCAGAAGAUACCAGAGUGUGGUUUUUACGGGAUGCAUGAGAAGAUCCUGCUGUUCCGUCAUGACCAGACGGCGGACAACAUGCUGCAGCUGCUGCGCUCCGCCUCUCAGAUCCAGGAGGGAGACCUGGUGGAAGCUGUGCUGUCAGCUUCUGUGACGGUGGAGGACUUCCAGAUCCGUCCACACAGCCUGUUUGUCCACUCGUACCGAGCGCCGACCUUCUGUGACCACUGUGGGGAAAUGCUGUGGGGGCUCGUGAGGCAGGGGCUCAAGUGUGAAGGUUGUGGUUUAAAUUACCACAAACGCUGUGCCUUUAAGAUUCCCAACAACUGUAGCGGGGUCAGGAGGCGGCGCCUCUCAAAUGUUUCCCUGACAGGCGGAAUGGUCAACAUGUGUCGCCCCCUCUCAGCUGAGCCUUCGCCUCCUCACUACACCGAUGAUGCUUUACUGUCACCAGUGAGUCCCAGCAUGGAUCAGAAGAGCCAGCUGGAUUAUUUCCCUGGCAGGGAGCGGCGCUCCAGCUCCCAGUCCUACAUUGGCCGUCCCAUUGAGCUGGACAAGAUCUUACUGUCAAAGGUCAAAGUUCCCCACACCUUCCUGAUCCACUCCUACACCCGGCCGACCAUCUGCCAGCUGUGCAAGAAGCUGCUGAAAGGCCUCUUCAGACAGGGACUACAGUGCAAAGACUGCAAAUUUAAUUGUCACAAACGCUGUGCUCUGAAGGUCCCUAACAACUGCCUGGGAGAAGUUUCCAGAAAUGGGGAGCUCCUGAGCCCUGGUGCAGACUCGGAUGCUUUAAUGGCGGACGGUUGCCUUGAUGACCAUAACGUUGACAGAAGUGGUGACCUGCUGGACAUGGACGACGCUUUGACUUCUGAGGGGAGUCUGCUGCUCGACACAGGAGCCGGCGACCUUGGAGAUCUACGCGACCCCGACAUGGACGACUGCAACCGGUCCAUCAGUCCCUCCACCAGUAACAACAUCCCACUGAUGCGGGUGGUGCAGUCUGUCAAACACACAAAGAGGAAGAGCAGCAACGUCAUGAAGGAGGGCUGGAUGGUCCACUACACCAGCAAGGACACUCUGAGGAAGCGACAUUAUUGGCGGUUGGACAGCAAAUGCAUCACAUUGUUCCAAAAUGAGACAGGAUCCAAAUACUACAGGGAGAUGCCAUUGUCGGAGAUCUUAUCCUUGGGUCCGGCUGAGACUUUCUCACUGCUUCCGGAUGGAGCCAACCCUCACUGCUUUGAAAUAACCACGGCCUCGCUGGUUUACUACGUUGGAGAAAGUCUGCACAGAUCUGAAUCAUCUGCGUCCGACAAUUCCUUCCUGGUCAGCGGCGUGGGCCAGGACGUGGCUCGCAUGUGGGAGAUGGCCAUCCAGCACGCUCUGAUGCCGGCGGUCUCCAUGGGAGUUUGCAACAGUUCGCACCGCAGUGGACACAAGGAAGUUUCAAUCAGUAUUUCCGUCUCCAACUGUCAGAUCCAGGAGAACGUGGACAUCAAUUCUGUGUACCAGAUCUUCCCUGAUGAGGUUCUGGGAUCAGGACAGUUUGGAAUUGUGUAUGGAGGGAAACACAGAAAGUCUGGGAGAGACGUGGCCAUCAAGAUAAUCGAUAAACUGAGAUUUCCAACUAAACAGGAGAGUCAGCUGCGAAAUGAGGUUGCGAUUCUGCAGAGCCUGCACCACCCUGGUGUCGUAAACCUGGACUGCAUGUUUGAGACGCCUGAGCGCGUGUUUGUGGUGAUGGAGAAGCUGCAUGGAGACAUGCUGGAGAUGAUCCUGUCCAGUGAGAAAGGUCGGCUGCCUGAGAGGAUCGCCAAGUUCCUGGUGACACAGAUUCUGGUGGCUCUGCGUCAUCUCCACUUCAAGAACAUCGUUCACUGUGACCUGAAACCUGAAAACGUCCUCCUGGCUUCAGCUGACUCUUUCCCACAGGUGAAGCUUUGUGAUUUCGGGUUUGCUCGAAUCAUCGGUGAGAAGUCGUUCAGACGCUCUGUGGUCGGAACGCCGGCGUAUCUGGCUCCAGAGGUCCUGAGGAACAAAGGUUAUAACCGUUCUCUGGACAUGUGGUCGGUUGGAGUCAUCAUCUACGUGAGUCUGAGUGGGACGUUCCCCUUCAACGAGGAUGAAGACAUCAAUGAUCAGAUCCAGAAUGCUGCUUUUAUGUAUCCUCCUCAUCCCUGGAAGAAAGUCUCACAGGACGCAAUUGAUCUGAUCAACAACCUUCUGCAAGUGAAGAUGAGGAAGAGGUACAGCGUCGACAAGACCCUCAGUCACCCCUGGUUACAGGACUAUCAGAUGUGGUUGGACCUGAGGAACCUGGAGUCUCGGGUGAAUGAGCGCUACAUAACGCACGAGAGCGACGACCUCCGCUGGCUUCACCACGCCCAGCUCAGCGGCCUCGACUACCCCGGGACCGACUGUCGGGGGGUGGAGCAUUACCAGGAGAAGGAGGAGCUGGAGACUCUCAGUGAGAGGGUCAGUGAACUCUGAGGAUGGAGCUCAAUCAGGAGAUCUGAGACAGAAAAAGCACAACGCUAACAAACCAGAAGAUGUCAAUUCCAAACUUUCACUUAUAUGAUCGAAAGCUGAUUUUUUUAUUUUAAUGUCUAAAAAAACUACAUGAAUGUGAAGCCAGAAAGAAAGAAUCCUGUUGGGAUUUUUGACAGAAAGGUUCUGAGCCUGUUGGACUUCUGCAGGGCCACCCAUCACCACCGGUUCUUUUUAAACAAAGCUUCAUCAAAGAGACUUCCUGCUCGGUCUGGAGAAGCUGCAGCAAAAAACAUCCGGCUUGGAAGAAAGUUUCUGCUUCAAAUGGAAGAGUUGAUACAAUCUGAAAAAAGCCUUGGUGGUAGAACAGAGGCUGAUCCAAGAUGCAGAUGAGAUCAGAGUCUUUGCUCCUCCGAGGGGACUUUUUCCCCCCCGCGUAGGAGGUGAGUUUUUGUCUUUUGCAUGACUUACCCUUUUCUUAGGAGACCUAAAGAAGUUUGAAAGAAUGUAUCUAAUGGGGUAUGCUCUGACUCCGCCCUUUAUGAUCAUAAAAAAUGGUAAAAAUGAUUGAAAUUAAUGAAAUUUCAAUAUUUAUAAAGAUAUUUUAUAAAAAGAUAAUACAUACACUUCAUGUAUUAGACUGAAUUUACUCCAAAAUAGAGCUGCCCAAUCCUGAUCCUUCAAGUUUCCUAGCCGGAUCUGGUGGGUCCAGAUUUGAUCUUUGCUGGUGGAUCUAAAAGGCUUGUUGGUUAAAAUGAUGACGGGUCGCAGGUUUUCUGAUGAGCUGCGGUAAACUGGAUCUGUGGGAGGCAGGUAAAGGUAUUCCAGCAGAAACAGCCUUUUCUCCUGUGACAAACCUCAUCUCACUGUGCCGUCGGCUCCAGGGCUCAGCUAUACUAUCACGAAAAAAUAAAGCUGAUCUCAAUACAAUAAUGACUGGUUUGAUAGCAAAAUAGAGAGAGUCCACCAAAAACACAUGAUUUAUGAUUUUAACUGAUGUUCCAAACUUUAGGAGAGCUUUAUCACUUCUGUUCGCCACUUCAGAGGAGGGACGACAGCGGCGCCAACAACAGACGCUGUUAUGGGUCAAAUGUGAUGUCACCUCUUUUUUUUUACUCUUAGUGUUUCCUUAAAUGUAUUUUUCUUUGUAUUUCUUUUAAAUUUGCAAUGUGUAAACUGUUUUCAGUUUGUUUUUUUACAUCUAUAACCUGUUUUCUUUUUCAUUUAUUACAAGCCUCCAUAGAGAUCAAUGCAUAUACUAUCAAACAUGCAGGUUCAUUUUUCCUCAUUCUGCCCCUCUUUAAACUUUCAGUCAGUUUCAUUCAAAAACAUAAGAAAAGAAGAUGCACGAAGAGUCAAGAACAGUUGUUCUAGAUUUAAACCCAUGUAAACUGGAAAAGGAUGAAAUUCAAGUUUCCUUCAUUUUUGGGGAACAGAACUGAAGAACUUUCUGAAUGACAUUGAAGGAAUAAUACUGCUGUGCUAUAUCUGCCAAAGGUUUUGUUUUUUGUUUAUUCUCUGUUUUCAUUUAAGAUCACAAUGAAACAUUGAGCUGCAUAAUUUUCAGUAAAAUCCUGGAAUUUGUUUUUCA